ACUAGCCGUCGAGGAGCGCCCAGGCCCCGAGAGCAGCUCGAGGCCCUCGACCAACCAGCGGCCGCGCCUCGACGGCCCCCAACGGCGGCCCCCGGCGUUCCAGGACGCGCAGCCGGCGGAGGCGGUGGUCGCCAUCUUAGGGAGGUGGGCGCGCUCUGACAGGCCGAGCCAACGAUCGGUCGGCCUCCCGGAGGCUUCCCUACUGCCAGGCCGCCGGACAUCCCGUUAGUCCCGUCUGGCGGCGGGAGGCGGGGGCGGGGCGCGGCGGCGGCAGCGGCGGAGGCAGCAGGAGCAGCAGCAGUGGCGGCCCCGCCCCACCCACGGCCUUGGUCCCAGCUCCGCCCCUGGGCCCGCCCCCGGCCCCGGCCCGUCGCCCAGCGGGGGACACCCCGGGCGGCCGCCGGGUAGCUAGGCACGAUGUCGGGCCAGUCGCUCACCGACCGGAUCACGGCCGCACAGCACAGCGUCACGGGCUCGGCCGUGGCCAAAGCCGUGUGCAAGGCGAGCACCCACGAGAUGAUGGGCCCCAAGCAGAAGCACCUGGACUACCUGAUCCAGUGCACGAACGAGCUAAACAUGAGCAUACCCCAGCUAGCUGACACCCUCCUGGAGCGCACGGCCAACAGCAGCUGGGUGGUGGUCUUCAAGGCUCUGAUCACGGCCCACCACCUCAUGAUGUAUGGCAAUGAGCGGUUCAUGCAGUACCUGGCAUCACGCAAUAAUCUGUUCAACUUAAGCAACUUCCUGGACAAAAGUGUCAUCCAAGGUUACGACAUGUCUACCUUCAUCCGGCGCUACAGCAGAUACUUGAACGAGAAAGCCCUUUCCUACAGACUGGUAGCUGUUGACUUCACCAAAAUGAAGAGGGGGUCUGAUGGAGUCAUGAGGACCAUGGGUACUGACAAGCUCUUAAAAACCCUUCCAGUUAUCCAGAACCAGCUCGACGUUCUGCUGGAUUUUGACGCACACCCCAACGAACUCACAAACGGUGUCAUCAGCUCAGCCUUCAUGCACCUCUUUAAGGAUUCCAUCAGGCUGUUCGCGGCCUACAAUGAAGGGAUUAUCAACCUGCUUGAAAAGUACUUUGACAUGAAGAAGAACCAGUGCAAAGAAGGCCUGGAGAGUUACAAGAAGUUCCUGGGAAGAAUGGCCAAAUUGUCAGAGUUCUUGAAAGUUGCCGAGCAAGUGGGGAUCGAUCAGGCCGAUAUUCCAGAUCUCACGCAGGCCCCGAGCAGCCUGUUUGAGGCACUAGAACAACACAUGGCUUCCUUGGAAGGCCGCAAGACCAAGGAGCUCUUGGCUGCUUAUAGAAUAAGCCAUCUGCCCACUGCCAUGUCCACACUUGCCAGCACCGGGAAGGCCAUCAGCCAGGUUGUGGAGAAACAGAAAAAAUAUCCAUUGGAUGAAGACCUAGUCAAGUUACACACCAGGAAGGAGAAAUGGUUAAAGGAAAUUCCAGUUGUCUCCGACUCUGCCACAACAUCUGAGUCGCCAAGCCUCUUAGACCCUCCCAAUGUGACCACUUCCAGUGUUAUCAACCUUUUUGGGCCCUCACUGCCUCCUUCCACCAGUUUGGCCAGCACCUCUGACGACCUCUUUGGGCUGGAGUCUGCCUUCAUCUUGACUCCCCAGAGUGCUACUACGACUGCCAUGGGGACUCUACCAAGCCAAACCUGGGGGGCAGACUUUCAUCUGUCGCCUCUUCCCAGUUCUGCCCCUUUGGAAGUUCCCGUGGAUUUUGACUCUGUUUUUGGAAGCAAGUCACUCGACUCCGAGUACGAGUACGGAGCUACAAAUGGUCGCUCCUGCCACUCUGGGACUGGGUCUGGCUUAGAUGAGAUCCCAGCCCCACUGUCAGCUUUGACUGCUCAGGAGCACCACGAGAUCCCAGGCAGCCAGCAGAGAGGGACGGUCCUGGUGAACGACCUGGACUCUUCCCUUGCCAACCUCAUGGGAAAUCUGGACUUUGGAAUGAGCCCCCAAAAAUCUGACAUACAGUGGAAUCAGCCCUCUGAGAAGAAAAUGACGGGGGGAAUGAACUGGCAGGUGAAGACAAGCACAGCGACCACGUGGAGUCCUGCCACCAUCUCUCCUGUUCCACAUAUGGUGCCUGUCCCUGUAUCCCAUCCAGUGAACCCACAUCCGCUGCCUGUAUAUGGCAUGGUACAGACCCCACUGGGAGCAGUCCCUCUCGUGGCCCCCCAGCCCUUGAUUUACGCCCAGCCAGGCUUAAGAACCACUAACCCUUUUGCUCCUGUCUCUGGGCCCCAGGAAGAUGUAGAUGCUUUUAUGAAACAGCCUGGAAAUGAGUCUAUAGAUACUGUUCUCAAGAAAUUGGAUGAGCAGUAUCAGAAGUAUAAAUUUAUGGAACUUAACCUUACUCAGAAGAAAAGAAGGCUGAAAAAUCAGAUUCCAGACAUCAAGCAAACAUUACACAUUUUGAAAUACAUGCAGAAGAAAAAAAUCUGCCUUCAUCCAAGUCCUUAAGAAGAAUGGGAAACUGCCCUGUUCCCAGGGGCCUUUCAGAAGAAUUGUCUACCAAGGUGACUUCAGAUUUUGAAUCUGACCACUCGUUUCUUCCUCAAUUCCUCUGAUCGAACUAGUGCUCAGCCCGUGUCACUGCUCGUCUUCUGCAAGGAUAUUAUGAGAUACUUAAGCAGAUGUUUUGCUAAAAUGUAGAUGAACUAGCAUUCCCCCAAGUUCCCUGUCCAGAGAGAGUAGCAGACGAAUCUGACACGGUAUACCCCUUAAGGCAGUUGUGCCAACUCCGUAAUCCCUGUUUUUUCCACAUUUUUCCUAACCAGCUCUUUACUGAUCCAUUCUAGAAUUUUUCCAGGAAUUGAUAGCAAUACUGAUAGGCCUGUAUGUAGUUUCCAGUUCUUUGUUGUCUUUUCCAUUUUGGAAAUGAAGCCAUUUGUCCAUCCACAGUCUGUGGUACUUUUCCCAUUCGCCGGUGUCUUCCAUGUGCUAAGUGUAGAGGUUUAGCACCCACAGUUCUGUUAGUAUUGAAGAUGAUUGUUUCCUGGGGCCCAUGACUUCAGUCUCUCAAGGGCCUCUUCUUGGUCUGCUCUUUUCCAGGUAGAAGUCACUCCCCUUGGCCAAGAUCAGAAGCACAGUCGCCCCCAGAUGGCUCUCUGCCUUCUCUUUCUUGUCAUGUUUUUUUUUUGGAAAAUUUUAUUUACUUAGUUAAUUUAAAGUAUCUUCCAUAGUUACAAGAUUCAUGUUCUUUCCCUCCCCUCCCCCCCACCCUCCUCCCAUAGCCCAUGUGCAAUUCCCCUGGAUUUUACGUGUAUCAUUGAUCCAGACCUAUUUCCAUGUUAUUGAUCCUUGCACUGGGGUGAUUCUUUAGAGUCUACAUCCCCAGCCAUAUCCUCAUCGACCCAUGUGAUCAGGCAGAUGUUUCCUCUGGAUGUGGAUAGUGUUCUUCCUCAUAGAUCUCUCCGGGUUGUUCAGGAUCACUGCACUGCAAUAAUGGAGAAGUCUAUUACGUUCUAUUGUACCACAGUGUAUCAGUCUCUGUGUACAAUGUUCUCCUGGUUCUGCUCCUCUCACUUUGCAUCACUUCCUGGAGGUUGUUCCAGUCUCCAUGGAAUUCCUCCACUUUAUUAUUCCUUUGAGCACAAUAGUACUCCAUCACCAACAUAUACCACAAUGUGUUCAGCCAUUCUCCAAUUGAUGGGCAUCCCCUCAUUUUCCAAUUUUUGGCUACCACAAAGAGUGCAGCUAUGAAUAUUCUUGUACAAGUCUUUUUCCUUAUCAUCUCUUUGGGGUACAAACCCAGCAGUGCUAUGGCUGGAUCAAAGGGCAGACAGGCUUUUAGCGCCCUUUGGGCAUAGUUCCGAAUUGCCCUCCAGAAUGGUUGGAUCAAUUCACAAUGCCACCAGUCUUUCUUGUCACUUAGCAGGCAAGCCCAGCACCCUAACCCUUUCUUGACGUCUCCCUUUUUUCCUGAUAUAGCUUUCGGUUCUAAUUUUAGACUUGAGCCUCCUCUCUGUAGCCCUGCACCUAUAAUCCCUCAUGUUUUCUCUUGACUGUCUUCAUUUUCUGAUUCUGGAUACAUUUCUAGAGAUGGAGAUUGGGCCUUGCUUUGUUCCUUGUACAGUGGAAGCGGUUUUCUCUGCACCAUCCAAAUUUGGUGCUUGAGAGCUUUUCACUUUCCCUGGGAAGGAUUGAGUCUGUUCUACUGCCUCUCUUCCUCUGAACCCUCACAAUGUGUGUUCCAAAAGAUGCCUUCAGAGUGAGAGUCUGGCCUUCUCUCUGCUUGCUGCUGUCCUGAAAUGGGCACCCCACCUGCCCUCUGACACCCCAUCCUUUGAAGAGCACCCCUCCCCCCUGGGGGUGGUGGAGACUGUCGAAAGCAUACCUAAGUAGCCCAUUGGUUUCUCCCUUUUU